AGGGCCAAAGUUGACGUUUUUAUUAACAUCGUUGAUAACUACUAAAGUUGCACACAUUUAACCGUUGUAGUUACUGAUAUGGGCUGUUUUAUAUACAAAGGAAUAUUUCAAGCUUUGUGACCUUUUAGUAGCAAGCAAUUUCGGCUCUUAUCGUUAAUAAGAGUUCAACCGUAUGUCGCCAAUGACCUCCGGCAUAGGUUUUCAGUCGCAAUCACCUGAACUGGUGACAAGACGGCUAACGACACUGUUGAAAGAGAAUAAUUUUGAUAUGAAUCAAGCAACGUCUGCUUUAAAUGAUUUGUCCAAUCGUAUUAUGCGUGCUGUUGGCAUUAAAACCUCACACAAUAUUACGCUUGAAAGAAAAUCCAUGGUGACAGUUGAAGUGAAAUGUACAUUUUUAAAGAUUGGAGACAUUGAUACACCAAAUCAGAACUUUCAAGCUGAAAUUCUUGUUCAGGCUAAAUGGGAGGAACCUGCUUUAGACUUUGCAGAGAAGAACAAACAAGUGUUCAACACAAACAUUUUCUGGGAACCUAAGCUGGUCAUUUCAAAUGUUAUUAAAGAUUUUGAUAUUAAUCAGAAGAACUACAACAUCUUCCACAAAGAAGAGGGAUACAACCAUGCAGUAGUUGUUCUGCUUUGGAGGUUUAUGGGAAAGUUCAGAGAAAAUCUGGAACUUGAACAAUUUCCCUUUGAUGUGCAGGAAUUAACCAUUCAACUUACAAGUGAGCGGAGUAUUGACGAGAUUGACUUAAUAGAAGACAGACACAGCAUGAGCACGGUGAACGUCAACAUGUUCCAAGAUGCUCAGGAGUGGUCCAUCUACCAUCACGUGGAGUGUGUGAGUAAGUUCACCACGGUGGAGUACGCCAGCACGGCCACACACCCUGUGAUGCUCAUGCAGACUCGGGUCAGGAGGAAGUUUGGAUUCUUUUUCUGGAAUGUUGUCGUUAUUGUUACUUUGAUUUUAGCACUUACGUUUGGAGGCUUAUCUAUUGAUGCAAACAAUCCUGACAGAAUGGGUCUGACGAUCACCUUGUUCCUAACAUCGGUUGCCUUCAAGCUGGUCAUCAAGUCGACAUUACCAACAAUAUCGUAUCUCACAUAUCUGGAUAUAUACAUGCUUGGAAAUCUUCUGUUCUUGGCACUGCAGUCGGCAGAAUGUGCAAUGAUGUGUUGGCUGUCUAAGUGGUUACCCCUCAGUGAAGUGAUCCUGUGGGAUAACUGGACCAUUGGCUCCCUGGCUAUUCUCUUGAUCGCUUUUCACCUCAUCUUGGGCAUUCUCGUUUACAACACAGCUUUAAAAAAGAGAAGGAAAAUGAGACAAAUGGACAGAGAUUAUGAUAAACGGCGUGCUUAUAUGGAAAAUCACGGAGUGCUUCUUACUCGAGGAAACUCCUCUCUUGCAGUUGAUAAAGACUGAAAUUACAUUUAGAAAACUAGGGCCAUACCUAGCCCCCCCCCCCCCCCCUCUAAAAAACCCCACAUGAAAAGUGCCUUUUUUUAUUAAAACAUGCACUUAUUGUGUGUGUGUGUGUCUCUCUCUCUCUCUCGUUCGCUCUUUCUCUCUCUCUCUCUCUCUCUCUCUCUCUCUCUCUCUCUCUCUCUCUCUCUCUCUUUUUUCUCUUUCUCUCUCUCUCUUUCUCUCUCUCUCUUUUACUAGUUAUUCUAGGCUAGGUACAGCCAUGAAAAUCUGUGUUGUCUUUCCAUAAGUCUUAUUUUGAAUAAAGUAUUAUCAGA